UUUAAAAAAAAACUUUAAAAAUAAAUAAAUAAAUAAAAACCCCUGUGUGUAACCAUGGAGCGCCUGAGGAGUUCUGAGGUCGCGUGCGCGUUCACGCGCCGGUAAUAGCGCUGACGCACUGUUCGGGCGCGCGCCAGCGUGUGUGUAAUGUGUGUGUGUAAUGUGUGUGUGUAAUGAGUUUUGUGUAUUGAUUCGCACUUUGAUGUGAAUGAACGGACGGAAUGGAUGUGUGAGAAAAAGGUACAACCUGAACCUGUUCAUCCUGAAGGCACCUGUCUGAAAAGAAGAUAGAAAUACUUAAAGAUGAAUUACUCUUUCCUCUCUGAUGUGUCUCACAAGUGGUUCCUGGUCAUGCAGAGUGAAAGAAUGAAUUUCCUCCUCAUCCCUGCUAUUCUCCUCACUACCAUCACUCUGGUUAUAAACCCAUUACUCCUCUUCUGCAUCUUCUGUAGUCCAUCUCUCCGACAGGAAACACGCUACCUCCUGCUGGCCAAUACACUGCUAUCGGACAUCCUCUUCCUCAGCUUCAACCUUACCAACAUUUCCUGUAAUGCGCUGGACAUGGAAAUGCACUACAUAUUCUGUGAGGUCUUAAUGGUUGCCACUGUGACUACAUACUGCUCCUCUGUGUUAACUGUCACGCUGAUGGUCAUUGACACGUUUAUGGCCGUGCGUUGGCCACUGCGCUACAAUGAAAUCCUGCCUCUGUCACGAGUAAAGAAGAUAGUCGGAUUGGUGUGGGUGAUAGCCGUGAUGUAUCCAGUCUCACUGGUGGUGGUGAUGGCAGUCACAAAACGCGGUAACCCAGAGAACCUGAAGGUGUGUCUGGUGCUGCUCACUCUAGGGACCCUGGAAGAAGACAUCAAGGUCGGUCUGCAUAUCUACUUCAGCGUGUGGGUGAUUUUCUGCACUGUGCUCAUCCUCUACUGCUACAUCCGUCUCUACAUGGUCACCAGGAGCUCUGGGAUAUGGCGCAGUCGCUACUCACGAGCCCGGAUGACUUUGCUAGCACACGCUGUGAUGUUGCUAACAUACUUCGCACCCGGUUUGGUGUUUACAGUGGAGCUGGCACAGUUUGAGGAGUUAUCUAAACAUCUGCACCUGACUGUGUGGAUCAAUAUGGCGAAUAUGGCUGUGCUGAUGGUUGUGCCACGUGCUUUCGCCCCGUACAUGUAUGGCUUGCGUUACCGUGAGGUCUAUGAGACGGUUCAGCUGAUGCUGUGGAAAAGAUGCCUCAGCCAGCGCACCAACAGUUCACCAACACCAACCGGCCCUUAAGCUGAAUAAUUACACAAAAACCUAACAUGGCCAAACAUGAAUGGAAUCUUCCAAGGUGCAAAUUAGUGCAGUGGGAUUCUUGUCUUGCUACUUUCUAGUGUUAUAUAAAGAAAUCCAACCAAAAAUGAUCAUGUGGCAUUGAAUGAGAAUUUGAAAACCAGUUAGCGUUAUCUAUGAUUGCUAACAGACUGUUUGCCUGAAAGCUUUACACUUACCUUUAUUUACUACAGUGCCUCUUUUUUACCAUCAUGGUAGCACCUCCCUCCGUUCAUAUUGUUGUUAAGAACUGCUGGUUUAAACCAGGCUUAUUCAAAAUAUACUCGUACCAAACGUCCUUUCAACACACUUAGCCCUGUUUCACUUUAUAAUAUGCAGUACAGUUGUAGAAGAGUAAUGCUGUAUGAACCCCACUAUCAGGUGUAACCCAGGACGGGUUCCCCUUUGAGUCUGGUUCCUCUCAAGGUUUCUUUCUCAUGUUGUCUCUGGGAGUUUUGCUUGCCACUGUUGCUUCUGGCUUGCUCAUUAGAAAUCUAAAUCUAUUUCUGUAAAGCUUCUUUGUGACAAUAUCUACUGUUAAAAGUGCUAUACAAAUUAAAAAAAUAAUUUAGUAAAUAGCAGUAUAAGAAUAAUUAACAUUUUUUCAUAAACUGAUCACAUCUGCCCACUGGAAAUGUCCUUAACAGGUUAGCUUGAUGUAGUACAGGCACACAAAUGCUUCUCUGAGUACAGUAGGGUGCAGAUCACGAGCAAUAAUAAACCCACAGAACAGGACUACUAUGAUGAUCAUUGUAAUGUUACCUGUUUUGAGUACAUAAUAUGCUAUUCGUUGUCUUAAUUUCACUUUUAUUUGCAUUAACAUGCUUGCUUUUGCAUGAGGAAGCUUUUGUACGCUUCCUAUUAAAUAACAUAUUUUAAACAGCUUCGUAGUAAACAUAUAAUUGACAUGUCAUUAAAUCCCAGUCCAACAAAGCUGUAUUGUAAAAACAUUUCCUAUUUGUUCUCAAUUACUUUUUUUUUUUUUUUUUUUUAAUAAAGGAUUGUCAACACGCUUUAGUUUAUGUACAGAAGUAGAUUAAAUUAUACAACAGGCCUAGUUAUGGCUAAGCAAUCUGCUAUCUGUUGUUAUAUCUCCAUGUAGUGAGAGAGCUCACUCUGCUCCAUUUACCUGCAAAGUGAUGUUUACCCUCAUCUCCACCUCCAUGGAAACAUGACCAAAACCGUUCAAUAUCACCUGGCUCACGCGCUUG